UCUUUAAAAGUCUUCCAUAUAGCAUAGAUGUAUGUAUAACCGGGACGGGGACAUCGGGCCUUAAAACAAUCGAAUUCUGCAGCACCACCGACGUCUAGUCUCAAAGCUCACAUAUUUCCUAUCAAUUUCUCAGAUGUUGAUAUGAGGAACUUGAUUUAGGAAAAGAAAGUCCUUUUUCGCCUUUUAUAAGGUGAAGACAACUAAGAACGAGAAUAACACUUGAAUAUAGAGAUGUUUUCAUUGUUUUAUGGACUUUGGAAAUAUCUGGUUAGUAAGACAGAGUUUCAUGUACUAAUUCUUGGAAUCGACAAGGCUGGAAAAACAACCUUACUAGAGAAAUUGAAGACACAAUAUUCAAGCUUAGAAGGCCUUCCACCUGAUCGAAUAGUUCCUACAGUUGGGCUCAAUAUUGGUCGAAUAGAAACUUCUAAUUCAAAACUUGUGUUUUGGGACCUUGGAGGCCAGCCUGGUCUUCGUUCAAUUUGGGAGAAAUAUUAUGAAGAGGCACAUGCAGUUAUUUUUGUAGUUGAUGCUUCUUGUCCGUCACGUUUUGAAGAUUCAAAAUCUGCCCUAGAAAAGGUGCUUAGGCAUGAGGAUCUUCAAGGUGCCCCUCUUCUAAUACUAGCCAACAAACAGGAUUUGGCUGAUGCUCUUUCAGCAGAAGAACUUGCCCAGUUUAUGGACCUCAAGAAAUUAGACGAAAGAGCUUAUACAUUUGAAGCUGUUUCAGGAUAUGAUGGGAGGGGUAUAAAGGAAACGGUCAACUGGCUAGUAGAUGUCAUGGAGAGAAGCAAGCGGACUGAAAUGUUGAGAGUUCGUGCAGGUGUUGCAAACGGCAGUGGUGUGUAGGCUUAUACUUUCUAUUGUCCCAAACAAGAGUCCGCUAUUGACUUUCAAACGUCAGAUGAAUUACUCUUACCUUCGAUUGUGAUGAAAAUUAUUUAUUUUGUGUAGAAAAAAUUAAACUAUGUUUACUAUACAUAAAGGAUGUUAGAAUAGAGAUAUUUUGAAAGAUGAAAAAGACAGCAAUAUAUUUGAGUCUGUAAAUUACUAAGAUUGAGUUUUUGAAGUCAAAAGUGGACUCUUAUUUGAGACA